GGCUUCCCUCACCAGUCUCUCCUGAGUCCAGUCCUGCCUCAGACACUCGUUCACCUUCAGUCACUCAGCGAGACAUUUCACACAAUCCAUACAUUACAUAGAUCCCAACACAGUUACUCAUGUUAUCUUUUCACAACCACAUCGCGACAUGGCUCCUCUCCAUGCUCGCUAGCACCCUCUUUGGGUGGGUAGCAACAGCCGAAACCAUUGUCAUCAAAGCGGACGGGCUCGUCUUUGGCCCCGAGAUCAUCACCGCCAACAAGGGCGACAUUCUCGAGUUCCACUUUUUGCCUAGCAAUAACUCGGUCGUCAAGGGCUCCUUUGACCACCCGUGCGAGCCUGCGACGGCGGAUACCGAGGAACGAUUCUUCUCGGGGUUCUUGCCGGCGAAGAGUAAUGAGGAGAGCCCCUCAAUCUUCCGCGUAACCAUCGGCUCCACGGCCCCCUUCCCCUUCUACUGCUCCACCCCCGCCCACUGUUCCAAAGGCAUGGUCGGCAUCGUAAACGGAUCUCCCGACCAACUAGCCCAAUACAAAGACCAAGCAGCCCGCGCAGCCGCCGCCCAGCCCAACGGCGAUUUCCCCUUUGAGAAAAUGAACCCGCCUGACCCCUCCAAGCCAUUUGGCGGCGAACUGCUCAAGAAUCCAGACUAUGCCGCUUGGUAUGGUGGCGAUUCCUCUUCUUCUUCUACCACCGGUACUGGGACGGCGACAGGACCACAGGGGAGUGAUGGUUAUGGACAAGGUGCUCCUCCUCCUCCUCCGCCGCCACCGCCUCCACCUACUGCGUCGACACCUUCUGCGUCGACACCUACUGCUACAUAUACAACGACUGGGAGUGGUGAUACUACGACUGGGGCAGUGGGAGGUGUGACGGGGACGGUGGUGACGAGUACGGGAACGUUGACUUAUACGGUGACGAGUGAAAGUGGAACGCCAGCUGCUUCGAGUGCGCCGCCUGCUGCUAAUGGGGCGGUGGUUGUUGGCGCCAGCAGUGGAAUCUUUGGGUUAGUGGUCGGUUUGAUUGCUUUGGUCUUUUGAGGUUACUUUGUUGAAAUGAAUUGAGUGAUGGUGGUUUGAUGAUGGAAAAUUGUAGGCACUUUUACAGCUAGGAAACUAAUGGAUUGUAACCUGGAAGCUUUGGACUUUGAAAAAAGUAAUGAAAAUGUUCGGAUACAAUCUCAAAGUAUGGUGGUGGAAAAAUGAAGGAGUGUCCUUGCCAAAUGGAGGUCCUAUAAUGGUCUCAAACCGAUCGCAAAAGCCAGAGAGACAAAAAGAUCAGGUAUUGCUACCCGAU